AUAUAUAUACACAGAGCAGUAUACAAACAUACACUUGCACACUCACCACGCACACCGCACUCAACUUGAUACACGUAACUUGUGACAAAGUAUAAGCCAGUGGGAAACAGAAGCAAAGUUGAGUAUAAGUUUGUGUAGCGGGGGAGUGUGAGUGUUGGUGGAGAGGACCAGCCCAGUACAGUUAGUGUGCCGGCCCGCGGUCGAGCGCCCAGGCCUCUCCCCACUACCACUAAUUACCAUCUUGGGCACUACAUGAGCACUACCCACCACCACCUGGCGACACACCCCGCCGGAGGCUACACCCACCACCCGUGGCCUGAGCCUGACGGAGUACCUGCCGCCCUUCCUCAGCGGCGUUGGUUACACAGUGGUGGGGUGGGUCUCACCUCCCGGGUGACAAGUGUCGGUCAUCUUGUGGCACCACAGGCACUCGUCACCGAGGGCUGACACCAGCGUCGCCUGAGUGACAACUGUGCCUGUCAUUCCGUGGAGCUAGGGGCGGUUAUCCUCCCCGGCGGCUAACAUCGCUGCCGCCAGUGUGAUAACUUGUCAGUCAUCCCAUACAGCUAGGGGCAGUCAUCGCCUCCCUCAGUCUGCCACUCCAUUAUCUUAUCUGACGUACAGUGUGGCGCAAAAGCUUAUUCACCUUUCCCUAGUGUCAGUGGAUGUGUUUUUACGAAUACAAUAUUGUGAUUCACGGUGCAAAACACCUUUCGCUAUCACCCACAACAGGUGCUACACACUGGUGCUUUUAUGGAAACAAAUAUCUACCUGAAUACCGGUAAAUUUUGAGCACCUUCGUGUGUUUGUGUGGAAUACAUUCGUGUGUACCUAGUUUUAGACAGAGAUGAUUGAAACCCGAUCUUUUGUGACGUGACAACUCUAGCCGCUAAACUCGGUGUGAAUACAUUAUAUAUGUGUAUUGAGUGACUUACACCAGCAUGUUUAAGAGUGUAUGAGGCUUGUGUUUGAGUCCGUUGAACAAGUGUUGUGUCGUGUACACGCUGGUACACCUUCUCUCAUAACUCGUCCCCAUACACCUCAAAGCUGGAUCCCCUCAACAAAAGCCAGUGGGAUUUCGGAACCCUUCUGAAGAACCCGGAGGAGAGCUUAGCGAAGAUGGAUAUUCUUAGCGAGCUCUUCGGGCCUGGGUGGGAGCGGGAGGUGGCGGGCGACGCCGUGGACACCACCACCCCGUCCUCCUCCACGCCCACGCCCACCAACCGCCCACCUUCCACUGAGAAGAAGUCCAACUCCAUCAAAGGUAAAGCGCAGAUCGAGAUCAUCCCGUGCAAGGUGUGCGGGGACAAGUCCUCCGGGGUCCACUAUGGCGUCAUCACCUGCGAGGGAUGCAAGGGCUUCUUCAGACGGUCCCAGUCCUCCGUGGUCAACUACCAGUGCCCGCGUCAGAAGAACUGUGUCGUGGAUCGCGUCAACCGCAAUCGUUGCCAGUAUUGCCGCCUCCAGAAGUGCCUCGCCCUGGGCAUGUCCAGAGAUGCGGUGAAGUUCGGGCGGAUGAGCAAGAAACAGCGGGAGAAGGUUGAGGACGAGGUCCGCUACCACAAGGCGGCGCAGAUGGUUGGCAUGACUGGCCAAGAGACCUCACCUGACUCCUCCAUGUAUGAACCCCCAACGCCCACUUCUUCAGAUAUAUACACUCCCAUUUUUCUUUUCAGGUACUAUGGUCCGGAGAUUUCUUCCUUCCCUGCCUCAGGGUACAGUUACACACCUCAGACCACCACACCCACUAUACCUUUUGAGAUCAACCCUGAUUAUGUUGUAGACUCCACAACCUUCGACCCCCGUCAGACCUCUUUAGACCCCUUGCCAGACUCUGGAGCAAUGUCACCGGUUGUAUCAUCUGGUAAAGGCGGGUUCGGGCACAGAGGAGCUGGCUCAGGAGGAGGAGGAGGAGGAGGAGGAGGAGGAAGCGAGCUAGCUGGUGGUGGUCAGAUGCGGGGUGCUGGGCCUGGAGGAGGUGGUGGUGGAGGCGGAGGUGGUGGAAGUCUCAUGGGAGAAGCAGACAUCAUUAUAAAAGAAGAAGUAGAGACUUGCAUUAAUUUGGACACUCUACAGACCACCAGACUUAGUGAGUGUGGUGGUGCGAUCAGUAUGUCAGACAAGAACCUUACUCCCGUAGACAGUACUACGUACCUGCCUCCUGGACCCACUUCUCCACCCCUCAGUCAGCCUCAGCAACAACAGCAGCACCAGCAACUACAACAGCACCAGCAACUACAACAACAACAACAUCAGCAGACAACUGUAGCUGGUGGCACAGUGUUACCAGAUGAAGAAAGCGUAUCUCCCCACCCCACGCAACUUGCUGAGAUCCUGGCUCGCUGGGUUGCCGAUGCUCACUUACGAACGUGUCUAUACUCCAGUGAACAUAUAGCAGAUGUUAUGAGAAAACAAGCUCUAGACAUCUCGAAAGUCACUUACUACAAAAAUAUGGCACAUGAGGAACUUUGGUUUGAUUGUGCCCAGAAGUUAACGUCUAUAAUCCAGCAGAUCAUUGAAUUUGCUAAGGCUGUUCCAGGCUUUAGAAAAUUCUCUCAAGAUGAUCAGAUUGUUCUUCUCAAAGCAGGGAGUUUUGAGUUAGCUGUGCUUCGGAUGACCCGGUACUACGAUGUCAAUCAGAACUGUGUGGUGUAUGGUGACACUCUUCUGCCCAUGGAGGCCUUCCUUACUACGGAAACAGUUGAAAUGAAACUUGUUAACAACGUCUUUGAAUUUGCCAAAACUAUUGCUGAACUUAAAUUGACAGACACAGAGUUAGGCUUGUACUCUGCUCUAGUGCUGCUACAAGCAGAUCGGCCAGGUCUUCGUGGUACUGAGGAGAUUGCCAAGCUCAAUGAAGCUGUAGGACGAUCAUUGUGCCUAGAGCUGGAUAAGACACACAGGUUUCCAGUCAAAGGGGAUGUCACUGUCUAUGCCUUUCUAUUGGCCAAGAUGCCUGCCCUCAGGGAGCUGAGCAUGCUACAUCAGGAAGCACUGAGUAAAUUCAAGCGUGCUGCACCACACCUCCAGUUUUCUGAUCUCCAUAAAGAAAUCUUCAAUGUAGAUUCCUGAGGUGCCUAUACCAGAUUGCCUGGUUAAGAUGAUAAGUGCAGGGGGCUGCUCCUCUGACUCUGUUGCUCUGUCACGUCCUUUCUGCAAGAGAAUGAAUCAUCUGUACAUUACCUUCAUGAUUUGUUUGUUAGUGUUACUUGUUAGUGCAGAGGAAUGGACUCUAACAUACCAUUAUAGACAUGGUGCGAGUUAUACAGGGUCUAACAAGCAUUUUGUGUAGAGGAGCGGGGUGCUCAAGACCUCCAGCCUAAGAUGCAGUAUAUUAAUAUGAAGCCUACAACAGCCUCUUGUAGAUUAUAUUGUUGAUAAUGAUGCCUUAAAAUCAGAGUCCAGCAGAGUUGGCUUCAUAGGUGAGUGUUUGUGAGUCGCCACCAUGAUAGAGAUAGUGAGUCUCUUGAAAUGUCCAAGGUUGAUGAUACUAUACAGUUUAUUUUUUAGGGAAUCAUAACUCUUGACAAUGAUCCUUAUCUUUGUAAACUGAAGAUAUUGUAUACUUAAAAAUAUUUCAUUAUAUUAUUACACAAAUUGUUGUAUACUAUAAAUCUUUAUUGCUUAUAGGAAAAGUUAUCAUUCUCAUACUUAUCAUUGUCAACAAAAGGUAAAGACAAAAUUACCACUGAUAUCAUGUCAUUUCCAUCACUAUAUUAUGUUUAUAAGUUUUUAUAUGUUUAGCUAGCUUAUCAUUUUGUAUAGUUUAAUUUAUUUUUUUUCAGCUUUUCCCAGCAAACACAUAAUGAAAUAAUAUAUUGUGCCAGUUGAUACUAACCUGCAAAUGAUAGGGUCAUGAUUGGCUAUGCUUGCUUGAGUCCUGGCAAAAGCAAAUAACUGAAGGAGGUAUGGAACAGUGGUACAAAGAAAAUGAGAGUCCCAUAGGUGAUAAUUGGUAUGGGCAGAAAACUGAAGAAAUUGCCUCCAAGCUGGAUUUUUAUAGUACUUGAGUUAUGGAGAGGCCUUACAUUCAAUAUUAAUUAAAGACAUUGAUAAAUGCAUAGGCAAAAUUUAACUGGAAAUCUGUGUUAUGCUCAAGUGGUGAUAAGGAAUCUGGUGCAUGAUGCACUGAGCAGCCCAGACUCUCAACAUGGCCUCAGACUCUCAUGGAAGCGCUGUCUUGCGUCCUUUGCCCAUUCCAGCCGUGCUAGAGUACAAAUAGGUUAGAGCCGAGGCCAUCCUGCCCUGUCUUGUCUCCUGCAGUCCUGCCCUGGACCAACUGGCCCGUGACCACAUCCCCUAAAGUCUUUGGUCUAAAGGUUCCUAAAGCCAUCUAAGUCAGUCUUUUUCUUCAUGACCGACGUGUGUUCAGGCCUGUGAGCCACCUUUCUGUUGGCCAUUAUAUUUUUUAUUUCUUAAAAGGGAGUCUUGAUUUGAGCUAAUAUGGUUGGCUUUAGGUCCAUUUGACUGCAGACACAAAGUGUACAGAAGGACACAGCUUCUGUUGUAGAUGUUAAGAGGCGGCAGUUGCUGGAGGACCUCUAGUGCUUAAUAUCUAGAGUCUAGUGUGCUUUGGAGAGUAUGGAGCCUGUCUUACCCUCCUCUAUCCCACUCACUAGGUUUACUACUGUUGAGUUGCAAUGGGAUAAGGAGCUGGUACAGUUUCACUCUGCUGGCAUCAGGUCACAGCCGUAUUGUACAAACUCUCCGGCCGCUGCCGUGAUGCUUGCUGCCUGCUGCCACCAACUAGCUAUUUAUUUAUUUGUGUAAUGAUCAUCCCAGUCUGUGCUGUGCUUCAUGAGAUGGACUACAUAAACAGCAAGCAGCAAGCGGCUUCUCUGUAUAUUGUAUACAGACUCUCCUAUUGGUUAUUGUGCAUUAAACAACUCUCCCUAUGGUCCUUCCUCUUUGGGGUGCGGGAAAUAACCAGCUAGGACGUCUUGUACUCACCACACAUAAACACAGGGGGUUACAGUAAACUGGUAUUUUGGCUAACCUGGAGUUUUAUUAUGCCUUUGGUAUUAUCAGUUUUUAUAGGUUCAAAAAAUUAUUAUCCUUAUGUCAGAUCCAUAAUAAAAAAUACUGUACAUCUUU